GUUGCCGAGGCGAGGGUCAGGAGAUUGUGAAUGGGCAUCGGUUCGGGAUGCGCUUCUUCAAGCAGCCCACCUACUGUGGCCAGUGCAAGGACUUCAUCUGGGGCUUUGGAAAGCCUGGUUUUCAGUGCGAGGAGUGCCGCUUCAACAUCCACCAGAAGUGCUGCAAGUCUGUCGAGUUCAAGUGCCCCGGCAAGGACACGGACUUCGAUGCGGACUGCGCCAAGGUGAAGCACGGCUGGAACUCCACCACCUACACCACGCCCACUUUCUGCGAUGAGUGCGGCUUGCUGCUCCACGGCGUGGCCCAUCAGGGAGUGAAGUGCUAGA